UCUCUGGUUGGGCUGAGAACGAUGCGUGCUGCCCGUUCCUGGAACCAAAGCUGUGUUCAUUUGGGCAAAAUCCUUGGAUGGGGCCUUGCUUUCAGAGUAACAGGCUGUGAUGCUCAUUUCCUGUGUGAGAGAGACAGGAGGGAGGAAAAACACCAGCAAAUCUGUGAGUAGCCAACAAACUCACAUUCCUGGAAAGGCUGCACCUCACAUCUGAAUUGGAGGGACUGAAAAGAAGGAUCUCUUUAUCGCAACAUCACCAGAAUCCUUUCUGGUUUCUAAUAAGUUCACCUUUUCCCCUCAAAAUGGGAGAGCCAGAGACCCUCCCACCUUUCAGUGAAGAAUACCACAACUUGACAGAGCUCUUCCAUCUGCUCAACCACACAUUCGUCUACUGUGAUUUGGGACUAGAUGAGAACAUUAAGCGGGUAUUUCUCUUUGUCCUCUAUCUCGUCAUCUUUGUGGUGGGAUUGGUGGAGAACCUCUUGGUUAUAUGGGUCAACUGGCAGACCCGAAGCCACCAGAACCUGGUCAACCUGUACAUCUUCAACAUGGCCCUUGCAGACUUAGGCGUGACCCUUUCCUUACCAGUCUGGAUGUUAGAAGUUAUGCUUGAUUACACUUGGCUUUGGGGAGAUUUCCUCUGUCGCUUCACCCACUACUUUUACUUUGCCAACAUGUACAGUAGUAUUUUCUUUCUUACCUGCCUCAGCAUUGAUCGGUAUGUAUCCUUGACAACUUCCUCCCACUUCUGGCACCAACACCAACAUCUUGUACGACGGAUCACCUGCUGCUGCAUAUGGGCCUUUGCUGCCGUCAUGCCUUUGCCAGAGGUGGCACACAUCGAGUUAACUGAUACCAUUGAGCCUGUGUGUUUCUUUAUGGCCCCCAUGGAGACCUACAGUGAGUGGGCCCUCGGUCUCAUCAUCCUUACUGCCUUAAUUGGGUUCCUUAUCCCAUUCUCCAUCAUGGCAGUCUUCAACAUACUGACUGCCAGACACAUCAAGCAUUGUAACAAGCCAGAGGGCAGAAAAAACUGUCGCCUCAUCUAUGCUUACAUAAUUGUCUUCUUGAUCAGUUGGCUGCCAUUCCACCUAGUUUUGCUGCUCCUCACCCUUGAAGGGACAAGCAUCUUCCUCCACUGCUACGUGCUUGAGUUCCUGUACUUCUUCUAUGAUAUCAUAGACUGUUUCACCCUUGUCCAUUGUGUGGUCAACCCCAUCCUGUACAACUUCCUGAGUAAGAACUUCCGAGGAAAGCUCAUCUCUGCUGUGGUCAGAUACAUUCCCAAAGACCAGCUGGAUCAGAAGGGAGGGGAUGGCUCUUCUUCCAGCACCCAACACUCUGUAGUCAUCACGCACGACAAGACCUCGCCAAUUUAAGCAGCUUUUCUGAUAUUUGGUUCAUUGCCACAAGAAUGUAUUGGCAUUUUUUUCUUAUCAGCAAAGGAGAGGCUUAAUUAAGAUGCCUGAUGUUGUUAUUGCUGCCAGUGCCUUUUGCAAUCUAAAAAGAAGGGCCAUAUAGGGUAAAAAAAGGGGAGGGGUUAUAUGCAGCAGUGUCAAACUGACUGGCAUUAACCAACCAAAAUAUAAGUUUGCUAUUAGUCCUCAUCAACUUCCUUCACCUUGAAACUUGCAAAGAAAAAUCUUUUUUCUGCCGCCUUGACAUUUUACUGAGGAGAAGAGAUGUAUUUCUCUGAACUUCUUCUAAUUUGUGCAAUUUUGCAUGAAAAUAACAUUCUGAAAACUGGUUAAACAGAAUUGCAUCUAGACAGCUGGGCAGAAUAACUUAUACCCAAAGCAGUUGGAUAUAUAGCUCCAACCUAUAAGAAUCUAAAGAACUGAAGAGGUCGAUGAAGAGAAAACAGGCACUAGCCCAGAUUUAUGGUGAACAUUCAAUUAGUUACUUCUUGGAGCUGGGGAAUCAGGAUACUAACAACUCAAUCCUAGCAGUCCCUAUAUAGAUCUUUUUAGUCCAAAACACUAACAUGUACCUAACGUCAUAAUAGAAAAUUAUACCCAGUGAGAAUGUAAAUUUGGGAAAAUGUGAAGAGUAUUUCUAGAUUAUACCACAGGUAAUUCUAGAGUUUCUCUCUCCUGAGAGAAUGCACAUCACUCUGACUUCUUCCACUGUAUUAAAAAUCCCAAACUAGA